CUAUUACACUGCUACAAUGCUUUUUUAAAAGUUCAUAAUGUUUCACUUUAAGAUGAAAAUGAGAGAUUCUGAGUUUUUCAAUUUGUUUCUUCUCAGAAAUGGAGCAGACUCUAUAUUUCAUUCUUCUUCUCGUUGCUCUCUGCUCCGUAUCUGAAUGUGUUCAGCGUCAGUAUCACUUUAUAAAUGAGAACAAGACCUGGACUGAAGCUCAGAUAUACUGCAGAGAGAAAUACACAGAUCUGGCCACCGCUAACAACAUGAACGACAUGAAGGAGCUGAUGAAGAGUGUGAUUGAUGAACGUUUCUGGAUUGGGCUGCAGAAGACGGGUUGUGAUCAAUGGCAGUGGUCUUCAGGUGAACCUGUUAUCUAUCUGAAUUGGGCGACUGGACAAUCAGAAAAUAACAAUUGUUCUAUGAUGAGAAAUGGAGAAUGGCAUGUUGUGGGAUGUGAUAAGUCCCUGACUUUCAUCUGCACAAACACAAGACUCGUCUUUGUCAAUCAGACGAUGAACUGGAGAGACGCUCAGAGUCACUGCAGACAGAAUCACAUUGAUCUGGUCAGUGUGAGAAACCAGGAUGAGAAUCAACAGAUCGAGAAGAUCAUGAAUGACAGUCUGAUAUCUGAAGCUUGGAUCGGUCUGUUCAGAGACUCAUGGCAGUGGUCAGAUCACAGUAACUCUUCAUUCAGAUACUGGAACACUGGUGAACCUAAUAAUGAUGGAGGUGAUGAAAACUGUACAGCUGUUGAAAAGAGCGCUCAGGGACGAUGGUUGGACAUCUCUUGUAAGAACAACCAGUUUCCUUUUGUGUGUCAUGAAGAUAAACUGAUUGUGAUCAGAGAGAAUCUGACGUGGUCUGAAGCUCUGAGAUACUGCAGACAGAAUCAUGUGGAUCUGGUCUCGGUUCAUUCACAAGAGAUUCAGCGUCGUGUGAUGAACGUGGUACACCUGGCGUCUACUGCGGAGCUGUGGUUGGGUUUACGUCACUCCUGCACUGUGGGCAUCUGGUUCUGGGUGAGUGGAGAGACCGUGUGCUAUCAGAACUGGGCUCCAGGGAACGGCACAUCAGAGGAGGACUGUGAACACACAGUGAGAUCUGGAGCAGUUCAGUCUGGAGGAGAUCAGCGCUGGAUCAGCCGUCCUGAAACUGACAAACUCAACUUCAUCUGCAGCAGAUAUUAAGAGUGAAAGGAUACACAGACCUUCAUGUGAGGAAACAAGUGCUUGUGUGUUCACUUCCUUUAACUUCAUUUUCACUCAUCACUUUGUUAAACAAUCAUUUUUCAUAUAUAAUACCUUUAGUCUCAGCAGUCAGUCGCACCAGAGGGGAAUCUCUUGCUCAGAUGAUUUUUGUUUUGUCUGUUUUGUUCAAAUAUUUUCUUCAGUCAACUGUAAAUUGACUAAAUUGUUCUGUCGAGGGUCUGUUUUCCAUCAGUUUCUGUUGAUGUAUUCUAUUGAGUGUGAUUCCUGUGGGUUUAUUUGAUCCAUUUUAAGAGCUUCAAUGGCAAGAAUAGCUGUUAACAUGUUUUGCUUUUACAAACUAUUUUUUUAUCUCUUUUUGUUGUUCACUUACUUCAACAUUUUUAUAUGUUAAUGUGUUAACUGCAUUUUGUGAGGGGUCAAAGGGUAUAAUUUACUCAUCAUUGGAUAUACAUUUAUAA